AUGUUUGCGUGCAAGACAUGUUCCCUCGAGGGCGAUGCGGAAGGUAUUACGAAGCAUUUGUCAACUACGAGGCACAAGACUGUCCUUAGCGAUGCCGAUGGCAACUCCGAGGUCGCAUGUGAGGAUUGUGAUGAUACCAACAUUCAUAUGUUACAGAUUAUUAGGUUUGAAGGUGAUGAUAUGAGACUGCUGUGUAACUCAUGCUUCAAGAAAGAGUACACUGAAUCUGAAAGACCGAGCACAUUAUAUUCGCUGUCCAAUGGUACAAUUCUUAAGUUCUGGGACAGGUAUUUGAAGGUACGAGACUGUUGCUGUGAUAAGUGUGGUAAUGAAUCUAAUUUGAAUGCUUUGAAUCCCAAUACAGUGCUAUGUGAUAAGUGUCUCUCUACUAUAAAGUCUCAAGAAGCCCAAAAGUACGUCUCAGAGAGCUCUGGUAGGUUUCUUUAUACAUUGUUGGGUAUUAAGGAACCUUCAAAAACACCAAAGAGGAAGGGCAAGUUUAAGAGAAAGUUGGGAAGACGGAGCAAAGGUAAAGGGAAACCUAUGAGGAGUAGGGCAUCCACACCUGGUGGUGAGGAAAAGAAACUUACUGUUAUGGAAAAGAUUAACCUAGUGAGUAACACCAAUAGACUGGCAAAUACAAAAAUUACAAGUUCUAAUGAUAUCACAUUGGGCUCAUUUAGAGGAGUUAGUGCGCCAAGUGGGCCGUCUAUUGGUUCAAGAGCACCAGAUAAGUCUAAACAUGCUGCAAAAUCCACAAAAUCUAAUAUAUCAAAUUCAGUGAAACAUUCCAAACCAGGAAAAUCGAGUUCAACAAAAAAUGUAACAAACUCAGGAAGCAAAGCUGUUGGAAGAGGGGAUAGCAGGACAAUGAAGGAUCCAAAGAAGAUGAAAUCCAAAGAAAAUGGUGAAAAAAAAUCACAAUCACGAAGCAAAGGUUCUUCUGAAAAGAGUAAGGUGAAUGACAAGUCCGCUAAAAACAAGAAAGCAGGCAUAACUGCAACCAACACAGAAGGGUUAAAGUCGAAAAGAGAUGGAAAGUCCAACUCCGUAGCGAAAUUUAAUGGCAAGGACAGCGAUAAAAGUAACGAAAACCGCCAAGCAUCAAAAUCCAAGUAUGGUAGUGGUAGCAAGAACAGUAAUGGACAGAUUAAAGAGGCAACUAAAUCGAAGAAUGGCAAGGAACGCAAGGAACAACCUCAAAAGAAGAACAAUAAAAAUGAAAAGAAAACCAAUGACGACAGCGUUCGCGACAAAAAGCAAACAAGUAAAACCAAUUUGAAGAAGAAUAACGAAAGUGGAAGUAGCAACAAAAUAAAAAAUGAUGAUAAGCCUAUAGCCGAUACGGCGGCUAGAAAUAAGGGAGAUAAAGAGAUUGAGAUGGAAGAAGGUGUGGUUCAUAAAGAAUACAAGAAAUUCCAACCAAAAUUAAGAUUUAAUGAUUUGAAGGAAUAUUGUAGAGAAUUUUCAAAUGCGAUUUUUCAAGAGCAGAAGCUGGAGAACGAUUUUGUUUUCAAUUUUAACAUCAAAUGGCCAGCUAACUCUGUCGACAAUGUUUUCCUGAUAACUAUCAACAUGAAGAAUAACGAGGAGAUCGAAAAGCUAAUGACCCCUGUAGACAUCAAACUAAAAAAGAUGCCCUUUAAGAACAACUCACCCAUUAUAUUUUCGAAUUUGAAUGAAACAGAAUUAUGGUAUGCCUUCAUAAAAGAAACUGAUAUGCAAAGAAACCAAAUGGUUUUGCUGAUCGAGCUGUUUGGGUGGAAUGACAAGCCACUACCAGUGAAGCAAUCAUCUGAGAAAUUCAAGUUUUUGCCAUUAUCGGCUUCUGCUAAGAGGGUGUUGUUUGCCAUGAGUAGAAUUGAUAACCCGACAUUUAUUGAUAUGCUUCUUGGUCAAAAGGACAUCAAGAAAUUGGAAUUCAACAAUAGAAUGAAAUUUACGAAUGAUAGAUUUAACGACUCACAAAAGAGGGCUAUUCAAAAUGUUCUGAACAACAAAGUCACUAUAUUGCAAGGUCCGCCUGGUACUGGUAAAACAGCCACCAUUGAAGAGAUCAUUCUGCAAAUGAGGGAGCAUUUCAACUCUUUCCCCAUUUUAUGUGUGGCGGCUUCUAAUAUCGCAAUAGACAACAUUGCUGAGAAAUUUAUAGAGAAGAGGCCUGAUAUUAAGAUAUUAAGAAUAGUAUCUCGAACCAAAGAGAAAGAGUAUGGUAUGGACCACCCCUUGGGGAAGAUAUGUCUACAUAACAUUGUGCGUGAGAAUCUGAACGAAGAAUCUCGGGACACCGCUAGAAAGCUAGCCAUGGGCCAGACGAAAUCCUUUAGCAAGAACGCGUUGAUGCGGUACUUCAGGGACAAAGAAGGCAUUGUUAACAAGUAUAUCAAUCAGUGUACGAUCAUAUUUUCUACCAAUGUGGCUGCGGGUUCUACGGAGCUGAAGGUGAUCAAGGAGAUACCUGUUGUUAUCAUGGAUGAGUCGACGCAGUCAUCGGAGGUGUCUACACUGAUCCCGCUGUCGCUGCCUGGUAUCAAGACGUUCGUGUUUGUUGGUGAUGACAAGCAAUUGAGCAGUUUCAGUGACAUUCCGCAGUUGAGUUUGUCUCUGUUUGAGCGUAUUCUGCAGAACGGUACGUACCAGAACCCGCAUAUGUUGAACACGCAGUACAGAAUGCACCCCACGAUCAGUGAGUUCCCGCGGACCAUGAUCUACAAGAACGAGCUGCAGGACGGUGUUACCGCUGAGCAGAAGCAGCUGGACAAAGUGGCGCACCCGGUGUACUUCUACGACUACCGCGCCACUGCGCAGAACCGCGAGCAACUGCACCGUGUCAGGCGCCGUGAUGUGACCACAGUGAGUUACUACAACCGGGCCGAGUGCCGUAUGAUCCUGGAAGUCGUGCACAUGUUGGUGAUCGAGAAAGGCGUGCCGUUGGAGGACAUCGGUAUCAUCACGCCGUAUGCCGGGCAGCGUGAGCAGCUUGCGACUAUGGUGCAAGCGGACGAGCUGAUCAACCCGCGCGGGCUGGUCAUCGAGAAGCAGAGCGAGGAGAAGGAUCUCUUCAGUGUCAACGAGCAAAGCAUGGGCAGCAACAACACCAUCUGCAUAGUGAACGGGCUGCAAGUGUCCACGGUGGACGCUUUCCAAGGCCACGAGAAGAGUGUUAUUGUGUUUUCGUGUGUGAGAAACAACGAGAGCAACACCAUUGGGUUCUUGAAAGACCAGCGCCGUUUGAACGUCGCACUGACCAGGGCCAAGAACUCGCUGGUGAUCGUGGGCUGCUCGAGCGUCCUCUCCCGCAGCGACAGCAUCUGGAAGAAGUACAUAGACUACUUGUCCAAGAACAAGAUGAUCCACACCAGUUUAUCAGAAUACUAG